AGAGUGGAAAAUGUCAAAUACCCCGUGCGGUCUGGAAGUGUAAGCUGCGCACAUUAUGUGAGGACUCUUUUGGUUUCUUUCGGAGUUUUUAUAAGAUCUGUUCUUUCAUUAAUUUCACUAGUACUAGAUUCAUCUGGGAGGAGGGUUUCUAUAAAAUAUAAAGAAUUCUAAAUCUAACACGGCACCGUUCAAGUCUUAACAUCCAUGCUCUUGCUGUAGUAUUUCCAUUGAACUAAUUUCGGUGAAUUUAUGUCCUUGUAAAGCGAUACAACAACGUUAUGGUUCCUCAAUACAAGGUAGAUUCUGAAAUUAUAUUGCCGGCGAACUUAAAUAAUAAACAAAUUUGUGACGAAAUUAUUCGAAAGUGUUCACCAUCUCGUCGCCUGGAAUCACGAGAACUAGCUAAAAUACUUAUUCACCCUCAUAUUAGGGAGUUAUUACGUGCUCAUGAUGAAAUAGGACAAGUAUAUGAACAUAUCUAUAAAUCUGGACAGGAAACUUCAAAUAAGCUGCAAACUUUAUCCUCUCGUAAAAACGGUUACCUUUACUCUGCUGAAAUACUUUCAAAUAAAAUGCCAAUCGAAACAAUAAAAAUAGUUGGCCUUCGCCGUGUAGAAAAUAAAUCUUUGGGAUUCACAGUUGAAAUUAAUUCGCAAAAUUUUUUGUCGGUGGCGCGUAUACUUUCAGGUGGAAUUAUUGAUAAGCAAGGUCUAUUGAAUACAGGCGACGUAAUAUUAGAAGUUAAUGGAAUUGCAGUUAAUACACCUGAAGCUUUGCAGACAGAAGUUUCACGAUCUAAAGGAGAUCUUACCCUAAAAAUUGCACCACAUGUAGAUGAUGAAGUUGCAGAGAAAGGUGUUGUCAAUUGUCACUCAUUAGAUAAUCCGGGGAAAAAAAUGACAUGUUUUAUGCGUGCCUUAUUCGAUUAUAAUCCUUUUGAAGACUCUUUGUUACCAUGCAAGGAUAUUGGAUUGGCUUUUAACUCGGGUGACAUUUUACAGAUAUUGAGUGUAAAGGAUCCAAAUUGGUGGCAAGCGAAAAUUGUUAACGAUCAAACGGAGCGAAUCGGUUUAAUACCUUCACAAGAAUUGGAAGAAAGACGCAAAGCAUUUGUUUUACCUGAAGCUGAUUUCGCUCAUAAGAUAGGCAUAUGCGGAACAAGGGUUUCAAAGCGUAAGAAAAUAACUAUGUACAAAUCCAAAGCAAAUUGCGAAUUCGACAAAGCUGAUUUGUUAUUAUAUGAGGAGGUAACAAGAAUGCCACCAUUUCGAAGGAAAACUCUAGUCUUAAUUGGAGUUCCAGGAGUUGGCAGACGCACACUAAAAAAUCGUCUUAUCAAUAGUGAUCCCGAACGCUUUGGAACCGUUCUACCCCAUACUACUAGACCUAAACGACCACUUGAAGAAAAUGGUGACAGCUACUAUUUUACUAAUCGUGAACAAAUGGAAGAACAAAUAAAGCAAAAUGAAUUUCUUGAAUACGGCAGCUACAAUGGACAUUUAUAUGGUUUACAUUUGAAUUCUGUUAAUGAAGUAAUCGAGAGUGGUCGUAUGUGCAUAUUAGAUUGUGCUCCGAGCACAUUAAAAUUUCUUCAUAACAGUCAGCAGUUGAUGCCAUUUGUUAUAUUUAUCGCUGCUCCCGGAAUGGAACAGCUUAAACAAGUUUACUCUGAACGACGUGCAACAGGAUCUGUUAAAAGUUUAACAUUCGAUCGACAAUCAUCAAUUCGUUAUAGUUCUCGACGUGCGCGCACUCUGGAAUCACUUGCUUCCUUAUAUGAGGAAGAUGAUUUAAUUGCCACAGUUGAAGAAAGCUCUUUCUAUCAACGCCGAUAUGGCAAAUAUUUCGACAUGGUUAUAGUAAAUGAUGACUUUGACAGUUCUUUUCAACAAGUUGUGAAAGUACUCGACGAAAUGAGUCAUGAGGAGCAGUGGGUCCCUGUUAAUUGGAUAUAUUAAAACAAAAGGUCCAUUAUAGCCUUUUCGCACAGCCAAAUAAAUUUAGUACAUUAAGAUUAUAAUUGAAAAAUCAGGUUUUGCCUUUCGCAUAGCCGGCUACCCGAUUAACGAUCAGCUGUUUUUUUUUAUAAGAAGUUAGUAAGUUUCGUCAGCUGAGUGCUAUUUUACCAAUAAACACACCAAAUUUAUAGCGUGGUCAACAAUCCGCAGAGUUGAAUUCCAGUUCCAAGUCGCUUUAUAUUCUAUUAAGAAUGAACUAUGAUGAAUGAAAAUAAGAUUUUUAUUUUAUAUGAUAAAUCGAUCUAAAUCAGCGCUUUAAUCGUGCAAAGCAAAGCAAUUUAUUAAUUAACUCCUGUGCGAAAAGGCUAUUAAAGUCGAUUGAAUAUACAUUUUUAAGGAAAUUAGCACACCGCUAAAUAUGGCAUAAUUCGAUUCGUACCAUUACAUGUAUUAAAAAAAUACUUAUAAAUAAUUUUUUUUUUGUUUGGGAAAUAAAUUUUUCUUAAAUACUUUCACUAAAGAUAA